GUGUGAUCGUGGCUCUGAGAAAUGGCAGAAUCUUCGACCCAAAGACAGGAUUCUUUCACUUGUCCAGUUUGUCUGGAUCUAAUAAAGGAUCCAGUUACCAUUCCAUGUGGACACACUUAUUGUCUGGGCUGUAUUAAAGGUUGCUGGGAUCAGGAAGAUGGUAAAGGCAUCUACAGCUGCCCCCAGUGCAGACAGACAUUUAGCCCAAGACCUGUUCUCAGUAGAAACAUUCUGAUUGCUGAGAUGGUGGAGGAAUUUAGGAAGACCAGAAUCCAAACUGAUGUUCCUGCUCACUGUUUUGCUGGACCUGGAGAUGUGGAGUGUGACGUCUGCACUGGGACAAAACUCAAAGCUGUGAAGUCCUGUCUGGAAUGUCUGGUGUCAUACUGUGAAACUCACUACAAAGUUCACAAUGAACUUUUUCCUGGACGAAAACACAAGGUGAUUGAUGCCACAGGCCAGCUACAGGACAGGAUCUGCUCUCAUCAUGAGAAGGUUUUUGAAAUAUUUUGUCGAACCGAUCAGAGUUGUAUCUGCUAUCUGUGCACAAUGGACGAACAUAAAGGCCAUGACACAGUCACUGCUGCAGCAGAAUGGACAAACAAACAGAGGCAGUUGGGGCAGACCCAGAGGAGAUUCCAGCAGAUAAUCCAGUUGAGAGAGAAGGAGCUGCAGGAGCUGAGGAAGGCUGUGGAAACUCUCAAGAGCUCUGCACAGACAGCAGUGGAGGACAGUGAGAGGAUCUUUACUGAGAUGAUCCACUCCAUUGUGAGAAGGCGCAUUGAGGUGACAAACCUGAUCAGAGCUCAGGAGAAGGCUGAGGUGAGUCGGGCUGAAGGACUCUUGAAGCGACUGGAGGAGGAGAUUGCUGAGCUGAAGAGGAGAGAUGCUGAGCUGGAGCAGCUUUCACACACAGAGGAUCACAUCCAUUUCCUGAAGAAAUUCCCAUCAAUCAGAGACUCUCCUCGCUCCUCGCCCAGCAUGACCUUCUACCAAAGCUUCUCUUUUGAGGCUGUGAAGGAAUCUUUCUCUGGAUUGAAGGUGCAGCUGGAGGACAUCUUCAGGAAGGAAGAUCCAAAAACAACACACAGAAAGCUCCAUCUGUCUGAGGGGAACAGGAGGGUGGAAAGGAGUAUUAAGGUCCAGUCAUAUCCUGAUCAUCCAGAGAGAUUUGAUGAGUGGUCUUAUCAGGUGCUGUGUAGAGAGGGUGUGUCUGGACGCUGCUACUGGGAGGUUGAGUGGAGUGGGGGGUUGGUUAAUAUAUCAGUUUCAUAUAAAAGCAUCAGCAGGAGAGGUGAUGAGUGUGAGUUUGGACGUAAUCAUCAGUCCUGGAGUCUGUUCCUCUCCCCCAGCAGCUCCCUUUUCAGGCACAAUGAUAAAGAGACUAAACUCCCUCUAGUGGUCAGCUCCAGAAUAGGAGUGUAUGUGGAUCACAGGGCAGGAACUCUGGCCUUCUACAGCAUCUCUGACACAAUGACCCUCCUGCACAGAGUCCAGACCACUUUCACUCACACACUCUACCCUGGGUUUAUGUGUUGGAGUUCUGGAUCAUCAGUGAAGCUGUUGUCACUGAGAUGUACAGAUGCUGAAUCCAGACUACAUUCACCCAGCCUCUCUAACCUGGGUUUAGGGUUAGACAUUAGAUCACCAGUGAAGCUGUUGUGACUCUGGGGUGGAGCGCUGUGGUGACCCCACGUAUUGGCAGGUGUACCGCACUGGUGUGGUCGUAGUCUGGGAAGAAAACAAUGCUUUGCAGAUGACAUCGGAGGCCAAACUUAGAAUUUAUUACAACCCACGAUGAAUAAAAUGCAAAUAAAAACAGAAAGAAACUAUUUGUUAAAUUACCUUUUUUGUAUUAGAUUAUCUUGAUUACAGUUUUUCGCGAUAGCUUACACACUAUAACUGGGCCUCUCAACUAAACAUCCCAAACCAUGAUGCCAUCUACCAAAAGACAGACUAAUUUCCCAAAACUAUAAACACUAUCACCCUGUUUUCACACAUGAUUCAGAUUUGUUGAACUUUUUGUGCAAAACUCUACACACAAAUCCCUUCAUAUAUCACUGGCUGCACCAUGUGCUCAUAUAGUAAGCACUGGCAUUCAAUUUAAUUAACUGAAGUCAUCACAGCUCAAACCCAACUAUCACACAAUUCCCCAGGUGGAAACACUAAGAGUCAAAAGUGGUCGUACACCAAUCAGAACCUCAGGGUAGGUAGAUUAAUGGGCCAUGGGUCACUUUACUUGUGUUGGAACAAUAGAUCCACAAAGACCACAAAGUACAAACUGUU